CGUGUGUGUGUGUACGUGUGAGAGCUCGGAAAAUUGGUGUACACGAGGGAGGGAGGAAGGGAGAGAAAGGAAGGAAGGGAGAGGUAUUUCCACCUGCCUCUCCCUUAAUCAUCACCUGUCCCUCACCUGGCGUGGGUGUUGGUGGUGCCAAAGAUACUCAACCACUUCGUCAGCGAUGGACCGGGCUUGGCGGCUUCGGCGGUGAGCGUGGCGGCUGCGAUCGUCAUGUCGUGCUGUGUUCCGAACAUGUCUCCGUCUUCCGCCAGUGUCUCCUGAUAGAGGUCCAGUACGAUGCCAUUCAAGCUACGACUGAAGAAGACGCGGCAGUACAAUGUCCUGUCGCGUAACGUCCUCGUCAUCAGUGUGGAGUUGCUGGACAAGACGACGCUGGAAUGCACUCUCUCGGCGGACUCGACGGGACAAGACUGCCUCCACAAUGUCUGCCAGCGUCUCUCUCUACACCAGCCGGAGUUCCUGGGGCUUCGUUACAUGAGCAAAAAGCCGUAUCCAAAAGUUCGCUGGGUGGAGCUGGACCGCCCCCUCAAGAAGCAGCUUGACAAGUACGCCCAAUCGCCCGCCCUCGCCCUUGCCGUCCUCUACUACAUACAUGACGUCUCCCUGCUCCAAGACGACGUGACGAGGUCGCACUACUUCUUACAGGUCAAGCAGGAUGUUCUGGAGGGCAAACUACGCUGCAACCAUGAGCAGGCCGUCCUACUCGCUUCGUACAGCCUGCAGGCGGAGUUCGGCGACCACCAGCCCGAUCGACACACAGCGGAGUACCUCAAGGACUUCAAACUGUUCCCGAAACAUCUCUCUCCGUCCAAGCAGCAGAUCGGGAAUGAGGGAGAGGUCGGGGCGCUUCUGGAGGCCGUCGUGUGGCAGUACUCCUCGCUACAGGGGUUGGCGCAGGCUCUUGCCGAGACCUACUACAUCUUGGAGGCCCAGAGACUCGACGGUUACGGACAGGAGACUUUCAUGGCCAGGGAUGAGAGGGGCAGCGAGGUCUAUUUGGGUACGUCGCUGAUGGGUAUUGACGUCCGACCCGCGGCAGGACACACCCACGUCUUCUACAGGUGGAACGAUAUCACCAACCUCGUCAACAAUAAACGGAACUUCGGAAUUGAGUGCCAACGGACGGAUGAGACGGUUCAUUUCACCUUUGAUGAGCCCGACGCCGCCAAAUACGUGUGGAAGAUGUGCGUCAAGCAGCACACCUUCUACAAGCGUAACCAGGAGGUGCUUGAGGGCGGUACGGGGACGGAGACUCGCAGCUUGGCCAUUCCCGACCUCCAGAGUUCCGUCAUGUCCACCACCGCUAACUCCACGCAGCUGCACCACCUCACCGCCUCGCACGAAAUGCUGGACGGCCGAGGGGGGCUUGGCGAGAUGACCCUGAGAAGUUCCGCUGACCCGUACUCGACGACGCUGCCGCAGUUUGACCUGACCUACAUACAUCAGCCAGCGGAGUCCAGCGGAAGUCACCUUGGACCGGGCGUGGAGUCGACAGCGGGGUCCCAGAUGAUGAGUGACCACCCGACGUAUGGCAUGCUGUCCCAGUCCGCCUACUCCCUGAACACAUCCCACCACCCCCAGACGACGCAGGUUGUUCUCACGCAGCACAACCAGGUAUCUCAACAACAACAACAGCAACAGCAACAACAACAACAACAGCAGCAGCAGCAGCAGCCCCCACCGCCGCCCCCACAGCAGCAGGCCACCCCCUCGCAGCAGCAGAAGCACCAGGCUCAGCACUCGCAGCACCAGCACCAGCAGCAUGAGGCAGCAUCGCAACAGAUCGUCAUGUACGCCUCGAACUUGAGCUUGCCGUCCACCCGAGGCAGCUUCCGAAGGAGUCUAUUGCCCCAGUACCGUCCUGCCCCAGACUACGAGACCGCGCUGGUACAGAAGUACGGACCCGGCGUUAACCCACUGAACAUCCGCGCCACGAUGCUCUACUCCUCACAGCCGGAGAUAUCCAACUCUCACGUGGUGGAGAGUGCGGCCCAUGAUGUGGCACGCGCAGCUGGUGGCCUCGGCAGCUACAGUCAUUACAAAGGCUACACUGACCUCUCCCAGCACCCCGACCCCUCCGUGCCUCAGCUCAGCAGGUCAGCGGGGAUACUGAUGCCCGGGCCACUCCACAACACUUACAGCACCCCAGAGUUGGCAUCACUGUCCCGCGCUGAGCUGCUGGAGGAGGGGCGCGAGGGGGGGGAGGAGGUGGCCCACAUGUACAGCAACCCCCCACCUCCCUACCCCUACCACAAGCCCUCCAGCAACAGCACCCCAGACCUCGCCUCGGCCACGCAGGGUGGCGGCCAGAGCCCCGACCUUGCCUCCCGCCGCCGUGCCCUCCUGACGGCCUCGCUGGGCUGCCUCGGCUCCCCAGACCUCUCCCGCACCUAUGAGAACCUGGCAGACCUGAGCGAGGCGGUGGAGAGCCUCCGCCAUGAGCUGUCCCGCACCACCACGGAGGGCGGUGGCAACGCACCCUUCCUGUCCUCCCUGCACCCCUUCCCCUCCACCUACCACAACUCCUGCAACGAGCUGGACGCCAUCUACCAGCUGAGUGACGGCCGCGUGUCCCUCGGCCCCGCCCCCCUGCCCCAGACCCAGUACCCUGCCCCACACUACAACGCCCCACAGUUCACACAGCAGUACUCCGGCGGGGCGGCCGCCGGGGCGCCCCAGGAGCCCAUCUACCAGAACAUCGCCGCGCUGAGGACGGAGGACGCCCGGGAACGCACUCGCUCUGCCCCAGAGAUUGACAACCCCACCCUGGGUGUGUCUGGCCCCGCCCCGCCUGGACACAUCCUGGGGCAGCUGGCGGAGGAGGUGGCGGGUGGCCGGGGCCGCGCCGUGUCCCAGCCGGUGCGGCAGCCGGCCCUGGAGACCCAGCUGUACCUCGGGGAGCAGCAGCAGCAGCAGCAGGCGGCGGCGGCGCAGCACGGCCCCAUCGAGGCCAUCAACGCCACCAUGGGCCAGAUCCCCCUGUUCAGCGCCCAGCAGGAGCUGAGGCACAACCACCACCACCUGCUGCACCUCCAGCAGAUGCAUGCCCUGUCCCUGCAGCAGCAGCAGCAGCAGCAGCAACACAUGCAGCUACACCAGCACAAGGAACAGCAGCUACAGCAGCAGCUACAGAUGCAGCACAAGGAACAACAACAACAACAACAACAACAACAACAACACCUGCAGCAGCUACAGGCACAACAACAACAACAACAACAACAACAACAACAACAACAACAACAAAUGCAGCAGCAACGGCAACAGCAACAACAACAACAGAUGCAGGAACAACAGAGACAACAACAACAACAGCAACAACAACAACAACAACAACAACAACAACAACAACAACAACAGCAGGGGUCCCAGAAGUCCUCGCAGCACCAGAUGAGGCAGCCACAGCCGCCCACCAAACAGCCACAGGAGCCCACACCCACCACCGAGGCAACAGGCAUCAAACUCUCGCCCCGGAAGAAGUGGGGCGCCCCGGCUGGCUCCCCCCUACUGAUGGCGGGGCAGACUGAACCGGCGCUGCCCUGGGAGACACACACCCCACACGACCGGGGCAAGAGACCAGAGGAUGCUGGGGCAGGGGCGGGGGCGGGGCAGGCUAGGAGCAGAGUGUCAUCUUUGGACUCCCUGCUUGGCCCCGACCUCCGACAGCGACCCCGCGAUGCCUCCCUCGACCCCCUGGAUGGAAACCGGGGCUCGACAGGCAGUAGGGGGCCUGAGGGGAGUGCCGGCGGGGGGGCCAAGGGUGCCACUCCGGAUGUCCUGAGAGGUGCCGCGCCGAAGGGACCCAAAGACCCCAGAGCGGUGCAGCUGGAAACCCGACUCAUCAAGGGUGACAUACUACAAGAAUUCGAAGCCAUCCCCAAGAUCAAGGUUGGCGCGGACUUCACCACCGCUACCAAGGCCGACAACACCCCUAGAAACCGAUACAAGGACAUCGUGCCGUAUGAGGAGAACCGCGUCAAGCUCACCCCAACCAAGGACAACAAGAGCGGAUAUAUUAACGCCUCGCAUAUCACGGCCAGUGUCGGGGAGAGUCAGCGCUUCUACAUAUGCUGUCAAGGGCCGCUGGCAAACACGGUGUCCCACUUCUGGCAGUGCGUGUGGGAGGCUGACGUGUACCUGGUGGUGAUGCUAACAUCUGUAACUGGGGACACGGCCACCAGCAAGAGCUUCCCCUACUGGCCCCAGACUGACAACACCAGUGUGGAAUGCAGUCAGUACCGAGUCUUCCGCAAACACAGCACGGUCACCGGCUCCCACAUCACCAGCCGUCUGCAGGUGGUUCACGCCCCGUCUCGCCGCAGCCGCACCAUCUGGCACCUCCAAUACACCGACUGGGCCGACCAUGGCUGCCCCGAGGACCUGCUGGGCUUCAUCAACUUCCUGGAGGAGAUGUCAACACUACGGCGGUAUACGUACAAGGAGGUCCGCGGCGUUGGACGUAACCGCAACACUCCCGUCCUCGUCCACUGCUCGGCUGGCGUCGGGCGGUCGGGCGUAACCAUCCUCUGCGACCUGUUACUGGAGGCGACAGAUCACAACCUUCCGCUCGACCCUCCGAAAGUACUCCAGCAUUUACGGCAGCAGCGUAUGGCCCUCGUACAGACCAUAGCCCAGUACAGGUUGGUCUAUCAGGUCCUCCUUGCGUAUCUCAACAGGGCGAGACUCAUAUAGACUGGGAGGUGCGUCGGCGAGUGUGGUGUGCGUGUGUGUGUGUGUGUGUGUGUGUUUACAUAUGUGGUUUUUGUCAGGUUUUACGAGACGCUGGAGUGGUUUCGUGAGUGAGUGUCGUAGGGGAAGAGUCUGGAGAUGUGCGUUUGGUGUCAUUACGAGGGGAAAUGUGUGUGUCGUAGGGGAGAGUCUCGAGAUGUGUGUUUGGUGUGGUUACGAGGGAAAUGUGUGUGUCGUAGGGGAGAGUCUCGAGACGUGUGUUUGGUGUGGUUACGAGGGCAAGCGUGUGUGUCGGAUCUUUCGUGUAUUCGAUUGUUACGCCGUGUUACCCUUUCGUCCUUGUUGUUUUGGUAUAUCUCAUUUAUUUCUUUAUUUAUUAUUUUAUAUCUUUCGUCUAAUGUUGUCUCCUUCCUUCCUUCCUUCCUUCUCCAUUUUCUUUUCUCUCCUCCUCCUCCUCCUCCUUUUCCUCUUCCAGUUCAUGUUGCUUCCUUCUUCUUUUCUCUCCUCCUCCUUCCUUCCUUCUCCAUUUCCUUCUUGUCUCUCCUCUUCCUCCUCCUCCUCCUCCUCCUCCUUUUCCUCUUCCAGUUUACGUUGCUUCCUUCUUCUUCUUCUCCUUUUCCUUCUUUUCUCUCCUCCUCCUCCUGCUGCCUCCUUCCUUUCUUCUCCUUUUCCUUCUUUUCUCUCCUCCUCCUUCUUCCUUCUCCUUUUCCUUUUUUUCUCUCCUCCUCCUCCUUCUCCUUUUCCUUCUUUUCUCUCCUCCUCCUCCUUCUCCUUCCUUCUCCUUUUCCUUUUUUUCUCCUUCUCCUUCCUUCUUUCCUUCCUUCUCCUUUUCUCUCCUCCUUCUCGUCCAAUUCACGCUGCCUCCUUCUUCUUCACCUUUUCCUUCUUUCGCUCACUCUGUUUCCUAUCACAAGACUUACCAACAAUGUCCCUACGAGUCCCCAUGCUAUGAGACGUAACCUCACCCAGUUACGAGCAUUACGAACCUCACAGUGCCACUCAACGCUUACGUCUAUGCCUUAUCACACAUUACGACUUGAUCUCCCUUCGUAGACUAGCGGGGGACGCGAUACGAUGCCUGUUACGUCCAUGGCUCAGCGCUAUCGUCUGUUUUACGUCUUUCAACUCGGCCUUGUUAUACGUAGGACCUAAUGAUUCUGUCUUUCCCUCGGCAUUUGGGGAAGUUUUAUGCUACCAGAUACACUCGUCCCUCAAAUAGUACGGUUACCAAUAGAAGAUCUUUUUAGGAUAUUUAAACUUCCUGCUCAUUGGGGAAUUCAAAAAUCUUAAAAAAAUCAUCUAUGAAAAUCCACAUAAAAACAAAACCGAACUAUUGGAAACCGUACUAUUUAAGAGAUGACUAUGUUACGUAUGUGACCUUUUAUGUUUCAUGUGUGUUUAGUGUCGGAGCUAGUGUGUGUCUUAUGUCUUUCAUCUCGGGCUUAUCAAAGGUGUAACUAUUUUUCCUCCUCACCUUCUCUCCUCCUCCUUUUCCUCCCUCAUUCAUAAGUGCCAGAAUCCCUUUGAGCACAGUGCCACAAGGUCCGUUCUCUCACACUCACGUCGCUUAUGACACUCGGGCUCUGGCAACAACCACGAGGGUCAGAUUGCAAUAUUUUUACUAUGGAUGAAUCACCUCUUUGUGCACCGCUUCCUUUGGCUGUGGGGGGAAGAAAGUGCUUGAGGGAGGGCUGUGUGUGUGUGUGUGUCCCCCAGCAAGGCAAUCAUUAGUUUUUUACGUACAUACGAACUCGCUAUUUCCCGAUGAGCUUAACGGCAAUUUUUAUAUAUAUUUUUAGCGUUUAAGGUUCGGUCGUCCCUACGUAUGUACUAUUACGUCUACUACUACUACUACUACUACUUUCACUACUACUACUACUACUACUGUGCCUCAAAGGAUUGUCUCAACUACUGUUACGUAUUUCGGCAUUACGUAUGUUAAGAUUCGAGAUGGUGAGCGCGUUUUUCCGCCGCCACUCGUAAACUUUUUUAUUGCAUUUCUAUCGGCGGCUUUACGUAAAGCGUGUCGUCGGUCGGUCGGUUCGUUUAUCGCGAUGCCAAUAUUACGUAUAGAAGAGUGUACGUGUUGUCUGUACAGUCUUGCGUCCAGUACAAAUUGUAUUACGUAUUUCUCCUACUGUUUCUACGACUACUACUAUUACUACUACUACGGUGAUAUGUGUAUGUGUGUGUGUGUGUGUCUGUGUGUGUGUGUGUGUGUGUGUGUUGGUGAGUCAGAGUUUUAAUAAUUUCGUCCCGGCAAGAUCUUCCUAGUGUUAAUUUUUACGGUUAUGUUAUGUACGUCCUUCCUUCUUUCUCCUCCUCCUUCCUUCUUCUCUCUUCUCUUUGCUUUUCUGCUUCUUAUUCUGCUCUUUCUCUCUCUCUCGUCUCUUUCUUUCUUUUCUUCUUAUUCUUUUUUUUUUUUUUGUUCUCUUUCUCUUCUUUUCUUUCUUUUUCUGGUUCUCUUUGCUUCUUCUUCUUAUUUUCUUUCCUGUUUCUCUGUUUAUCGUUUUCUAUCUUUAUUUCUCUUUCUUUGUCCUUUAUUCUCUUUCCUUGUUUCUUUCCAUAUCCUUUUCUUCCUCUUCUUUGCCUCUCUCUGUCAUCUCUCUCUCUCUCUCUCUCUCUCUCUCUCUCUCUUUAGUCUCCUAUUUCUCUUCUCUCUCUCUUUCCUUCCUUCUUAAACCAUUCUCCUCUCUAUCCCUCCUCCUCCUCCUUCUCCUCUUUUCAACCCAGUGCCGUCUACGCUAAAUUAAGCAGAUGUAUAAUAAUAAUAAUAAUAAUAAAAUAACUAAUGUAUUUAUCGCCAAAGUCUAUUUUGGUAAACAAUUGGAUUUUAUUAUUAAACCGGAAAAGCCUCAACCUCUCGUCUCUCAGUCCUUCCCUCGACCUUGCGGAGCUUACGAAGGGAGAAAGAAGGCGUAGAGGACGAUUGACUUAUAUAUUUUUGCCUUUCAGAAUCUUACGUUAUGGUCAAGUGAUGCAGUUUCAGAAUGCUUCCACCCCACAUGUUAACUAUUUCUAAAGGUCAAAAAAGGGAUCAGUCAGGUUCUAAUGAGUGGUUUCCUUGGUUCAUGGUACGGAAGAAGGGUCACACUACCACCAGGGUCAUAAAACUACCCCUGGAAAUGACCCCCAAACUCUUACGAAAGCCAUAACCCGUCCACUGCAAUUGUCACGGAUUUUGCCUUCAUUGGUAGCCUGGUAACAUACACUCCCAGGUCUUUCUCUGCCUCUGUGGUGGAUUGUGGAGUGUUUCCCAUGUGGUAUUGGUGUGCUGGAUAUCCCUUCACUGGUAGCCUGGUAACAUACACUCCCAGGUCUUUCUCUGCCUCUGUGGUGGAUAGUGGAGUGUUUCCCAUGUGGUAUUGGUGUGCUGGAUAUCCCUUCACUGGUAGCCUGGUAACAUACACUCCCAGGUCUUUCUCUGCCUCUGUGGUGGAUAGUGGAGUGUUUCCCAUGUGGUAUUGGUGUGCUGGAUAUCCCCUCCCAAGGUGCAGGACUUUACAUUUUCUUCAUUGAAUUGUAGCAGACACUUUUUGCUCCAUUCCUGUAGCUUGGUGAUGUCUUCUGGUAGGAAAUCCACAGUCAAGAGGUUAAGGAUGUGGCCCCUCAGCCCUAACACAUGGUCUGGCACAGUGGCUUCGCUUGGUGUAAAAACAGACAUCAAUUACUGUUAGUCCAUCAUUCUCUCUCUCUCUCUCUCUCUCUCUCUCUCUCUCUCUCUCUCUCUCGUCUUUAUUUCUCUUCUUUCUCUCUCUCUUCCUUCUUAAAUCAUUCUCCUCUCUAUCCCUCCUCCUCCUCCUUCUUACCCAGUUGCUGUCUUGGUGUAAAAACAGACUUAUCAAUUUCUAUUAGUCCAGGCUUUGAAAGGAGUGAUGAAAGACCUUCACUAUACACAACUUUAUGUAUUCAGAAACUUGUACACUUCACAGAAUAGGUAACAAGAUAUGGUACUUAUGAGAUAUACAAUAAUAUACACACAUACAUACAUACACAUACACUGGAAGGCAGGCUAUGGGUACGUAGGCAGUCAUUACGUAUGCAGGUAUUGUUAUUACGUAAGAAAUAGUUGAUGUAGAUGAACUUUGGAUUCUUUUUAGGAGCAGCGAGUAGCGGGCUUUUUUUUAUUAUUGUUUCCUUUUUUUGAGCCCUUGAGCUGUCUCCUUUGUUGUACAAAAAAAAAUGUCGAUAUUACCUCAGAUGCAAACUUUAAUUUUAGUUACACACAAACAAUAUUAUUACGUAACCUAACAACAUCUUUACGUAUGCAGAUAUGUAAUGGAUGUAACCGAAUAUGCUACACAUGAAAGAAAUAUCAGUACGUACGUAAAGACUAAGGAAAAAAUAUUACGUGAAAAAAUAUUACGUAAAUGAACUUGCUACACGUGAAAAAUUUAUUGGUACGUACGUAAAGACUAAGGAAAAAUAUUACGUAAAAAGUCACGUGAAAAAUUUAUUAGUACGUACGUAAAGACUAAGUAAAAAGAAAUUACGUACACGAACUGCAUAAAUCAAUCAUCCCUAGACAUCACUAUGACAUACGGCAACUAUGAUUCCUUGUGCCGUGAGCCUUUCGUAAUAACUCAACCUGAACAUCCAUAACCAACACACGCCGACAAUAUUAUUCUUACGUACAACGACAGCGGUAUUCGUAAGCGCUCCGAACGAUAUAUUAUUCAGUACGUGAAUUGAACAUUUGGAGGCAGCAGGUUACGACUGCCUACGUGUAAUGGCACUUAUGGGUUUGGCUUCGAUUGGAUACGUAACCUGUGACGGGGAAAGAUGCAGAGUGGGUAAACAGGGGAAGAGGAGGAGGGAGGAAGGGGAAUAAGGGAAGGAAAAGAAAAUGGGAAGAAACUAGUGAAUAAGGAAGAGAAAAGAUAAAGGGAGAGAGAAAGAAAGGAUGAAAGGGAAGAGAAAAUUGGCAGAAGGGAAAAGUGGAAUAGAAAAUAUUAAAAAAAGGAAGAAGAAAGAAGGAAAGAAA